AGAAAGGAAGCAGCGUAUUAAAUGUCAUCUUCUUCACACAGAAAUAUGACGGGGACAGGAGGGCAUGGAUGUCGGUGCCAGAUUGAAGAGGGAAGACUAUAAGCGAACCAAGCACGACUCCAGCUUCUCCAAAUGGCAGCUUCUCAUUGGCCCUUCUGACUGGCAAGACUAUUUCUCGGGGAAGGAAGGAGCUUCUCGAUAUAGGAUCCACAAUCUCCCAACUACUUCUGGCCCGGGACUAUAUGAGCUUGGUAUUGCUGUUCCUCGCUCUGGGCUGUCGCGGCGUGAUGGUGGCAAGCUUGUCCGAGAUGACAUAGUGGUGGUUUACCUUGGACAAGCUGACAAUGUUAGAACCCGACUCCAGCAAUACGGUCGUUCAGGUGCCCAUUUGGGUAAUACUUACUCAACUGGCCAUGUGAAUGAUUCUAAAGAUGAUUCUCUUCAAAAAGGGCUAGGUUUAUUUGAAGAGAUAUUCUCAAGAGGCCAGUCCAUUGUGUAUAGAUGGGCUCUUAUGAAAGAUAAGAGGGAUGCUGAGGAAACGGAAGGUAAGCUGCUUGGCACUUUUGAUUACGCAUGGAAUAAAGGUAGUAAUGGUACACGCCGUCCCAGUGAUGUCCUUCAGAAACUCAAUUCAAGGACAACUAGACCUCCAGAUAUUUUUCAAUGGCUUCCAUUUUCCAGUCACAAACUAGGAGGUAUUAAAAUCAAAGCAAGCAAGCCUCUUUCACCAGAAAAGCAUGCUGGUUUUGGUGAUGAGGAUAGCAAAAAAUUAUUCUUUGGAAUUUUUAAGCUCAGCAGAUCACAGCCUAGGCUAGUUACAGAUAAAUAUGGCAUUAAUGAGGACUCCGAUUGUAUAUGUGGAUUCAUCAUGGUUGAUGGUAUACCAUGUAGAAGGCCACCAGUUCCAGGGGGAGAGAGAUGCGAGGAACACAAAGGGAGGAGAGUUUAUGGAUCCAGUUACAAAUCCAUCGCACAAGGAAAUUUACAUUAUCCACAUGGAGCAAAUCUAGAUUCCACAACUCACAAUGACCGAGAACAUGAAACCACAUGUGGGGUAAAUUUAGGUGAUGGGACUUUUUGUAGGAAGCAAGCUGUGGCAGGGAGGAAAAGAUGUGAAGAACACAAGGGGAUGCGGGUUAACACCUCCGUCUUAGAGCCAGCAGCAGAAGACAAAAUCCGUAUGUCUGCCCCCAGUUCGGUAUUCAAUUCUUUUGCUGACGGCGUAAACAACAAUGCCUCAUCUAAACAUAAUGCAGAUAGUACCUGGCAAUGUGGAUCUUCAAAUAAUCCUGUCAAGGAACAUUUUCCCAAUACUUGUGGAGUAAUGUUGGGAAAUGGUUCAUUCUGCAGAAGGCAACCCAUUCUGGGAAACAAAAGAUGCUGGCAGCAUAAAGGCCAGAGGGUUGAAUGUAACUUGUCUGGGGUAGACAGUUCAGAGCCAGCAGCAGAAGAAAAAAUCCGUAUGUCUGCCCCCAGUUCGGUAUUCAAUUCUUUUGCUGACAGCGUAAACAACAAUGCCUCAUCUAAACAUAAUGCAGAUAGUACCUGGCAAUGUGGAUCUUCAAAUAAUCCUGUCAAGGAACAUUUUCCCAAUACUUGUGGAGUAAUGUUGGGAAAUGGUUCAUUCUGCAGAAGGCAACCCAUUCUGGGAAACAAAAGAUGCUGGCAGCAUAAAGGCCAGAGGGUUGAAUGUAACUUGUCUGGGGUAGACAGUUCAGAGCCAGCAGUAGAAGACAAAAUCCGUAUGUCUGCCCCCAGUUUGGUAUUCAAUUCUUUUGCUGACAGCGUAAACAACAAUGCCUCAUCUAAACAUAAUGCAGAUAGUACCUGGCAAUGUGGAUCUUCAAAUAAUCCUGUCAAGGAACAUUUUCCCAAUAUUUGUGCAGUAAUGUUGGGAAAUGGUUCAUUCUGCAGAAGGCAACCCAUUCAGGGAAACAAAAGAUGCUGGCAGCAUAAAGGCCAGAGGGUUGAAUGUAACUUGUCUGGGGUAGACAGUUCAGAGCCAGCAGCAGAAGAAAAAAUCCGUAUGUCUGCCCCCAGUUCAGUAUUCAAUUCUUUUGCUGACAGCGUAAACAACAAUGCCUCAUCUAAACAUAAUGCAUAUAGUACCUGGCAAUGUGGAUCUUCAAAUAAUCCUGUCAAGGAACUUUUUCCCAAUACUUGUGGAGUAAUGUUGGGAAAUGGUUCAUUCUGCAGAAGGCAACCCAUUCAGGGAAACAAAAGAUGUUGGCAGCAUAAAGGCAAGAGGGUUGAAUGUAACUUUUCUGGGGUAGACAGUUCCUCGCUGAGGUUCGAUGCACCAAUUUGUGAGGUUACAUUACGUGACGGUUCUGUCUGUUUGAGAGCACCUGUUCAGGGGAGGAAGAGAUGUGACCAGCACAAGGGGAUGAGAGUCUCCACAUCCUAUCACUACUGAGAGGUAUUUGCCGAAAUUAGUAGCCCCCUGAAUAAUGUAAUUUGUAGCAUGUUGUCCUUGAUAUGGUUGUGCGCUAUGGCACAAAAGGAACCGUAAUAGCCAAUUUCAGCUAAUAUGAGUUUGGGGCUUAGUUGUUGUAGCAUGUUGUCCUUCAGAGAUUAGGACAAUGGUUGUAUAUGUUCAAUUGCUUGACACUGUGCCUUUGUACUGCUGUUUUAAAAUGUGAAGACUUUGCUGCACUGCCAUUAUCACCA